AUGGCGCUGCGGCGCCUCCUGCUGCUGCUGCUGCCGCUGCUCUCGCUCCAGCCCUUGGACCUGCUGCCCGGAGCCUGGGGCGCCCGCGGCCGCGCCGCCAACCGGACCCUGAGCGCCGGCGCCGCGGCCGUCGGGGGCCGGCGGCCCGGGGGCGCCCUGGCCCGGGGCGGCCGCGAGCUGAACGGCACCGUCCGGGCGCCCGGCGGCCCGGAGGCGGGGAGCCGGCGGGGACAGCCAGCGGCGGCGGUGGCGGCGGCCAGCGCGGCCGUCACCUACGAGACGUGCUGGGGCUACUACGACGUGAGCGGCCAGUACGACAAGGAGUUCGAGUGCAACAACAGCGAGAGCGGCUACCUGUACUGCUGCGGCACCUGCUACUACCGCUUCUGCUGCAAGAAGCGCCACGAGAAGCUGGAUCAGCGCCAGUGCACCAACUACCAGAGCCCGGUGUGGGUGCAGACGCCCAGCACCAAGGUGGUGUCGCCGGGGCCCGAGAACAAGUACGACCCGGAGAAGGACAAGACCAACUUCACCGUCUACAUCACCUGCGGGGUGAUCGCCUUCGUCAUCGUGGCCGGCGUCUUCGCCAAGGUCUCCUAUGACAAGGCCCACCGCCCGCCGCGGGAGAUGAACAUCCACAGGGCUCUGGCUGACAUCCUAAGACAACAGGGACCAAUCCCCAUAGCACACUGUGAAAGAGAAACUAUCUCGGCCAUCGAUAGCUCUCCCAAAGAGAACACGCCGGUCCGAUCGUCCUCCAAAAACCACUACACCCCCGUGCGCACGGCCAAGCAGACUCCAGGACAUUAUGGGAAGGAUGCUUACCGAAGUGGAGGACCUGAUCUCCAUAACUUCAUCUCAUCUGGAUUUGUCACAUUAGGAAGAGGACACACGAAGGGUGAUCAUCAGUAUAACCAUCCGAUUUUAAGCAGCGCUACCCAGACCCCUACACAUGAGAAGCCUCGGAUGAACAACAUCCUGACAUCGGCCACCGAGCCCUAUGACCUCUCCUUCUCACGCUCCUUCCAGAACCUGGCCCACCUGCCCCCAUCCUACGAGUCUGCAGUGAAGACCCACCCCAGCAAGUACUCAUCCCUGAAGAGGCUAACCGACAAGGAGGCUGACGAGUACUACAUGAGGCGGCGGCACCUGCCUGACCUGGCCGCCCGCGGCACCCUCCCCCUCAACGUCAUCCAGAUGUCCCAACAGAAGCCGCUGCCUCGCGAGCGACCCCGCCGGCCCCUCCGGGCCAUGUCGCAGGACCGGGUCCUUUCCCUGGAGCGAGGCCUGCCGGACGACUUCGGUCUGCCCUACGACCGCCUCCUCUCGGACGAGCAGCUGCUCUCCACCGAGCGCCUGCACUCCCAGGACCCGCUGCUGUCCCCGGAGCGGACGGCCUUCCCCGAGCAGUCCCUGGCGCGGGCCAUCUCGCACACGGAUGUCUUCGUGUCCACGCCCGUGCUGGACCGCUACCGCAUGACCAAGAUGCACUCGCAUCCCAGUGCCUCGGAUAACUCGUACGCCACCCUGGGCCAGAGCCGCACGGCGGCCAAGCGCCAGGCCUUCGCCUCGCGCAGACACAACACCGUGGAGCAGCUGCACUAUAUCCCAGGCCACCACACCUGCUACACCGCCAGCAAGACAGAAGUGACCGUGUGA